AUGUUUGUGUUUGCAGAUCACGUAGCAGUAAAGUAUCUCUUCUAUAAACCUCAAUCGAAGCUGAGGCUCUUGAGGUGGAUGUUAUUACUCCAAGAGUUCAAUGUGGAAGUAAAAGAUAGAGCUGGAAACAUAAACCGUGUAGCAGAUCACUUGAGUAGGUUACCACUAGAGACAAGGAGAGUAUUAGAUUCAGAUGUUAUUCGUGAUUCAUUCCCCGACCAAUCUUUAUGUGCAUUGUAUGUUUCUCAACCAUUGUUUGCUUAUUUGGUGAACUAUCUUGCUACAGGAUUAAUCCCUUCUCACUUGACUAUUUUUCAUAUUCAAAAGCUUAGGAGUGAAACUUCUUACUACAUGUGGGAUCCACCAUACCUAUGGAGAUUAUACUCUGACCAAGUAAUUAGAUGGUGCAUUCCUGAAAUAGAGGCUCAAGCCAUUUUGGAAGCUUGCCAUGACACCUUGUGUGGGGAACACUUUAGUGCUAGGAAAACGGCUAGAAAAUUGUUAGAUGUAGGUUUUUAUUGGCCUAUCCUAUUUAGAGACGUAUUCACUUAUUAUAAAGCAUGUGAUAAAUGCCAAAGAUUUAGAGUACCCAAGGUAUUAAUUAGUGAUCAGGGAACCCAUUUCUGCAACAGGUUGCUUACUAACUUCUUGGCUAAAUAUGGGAUUUCUCACAAAGUGUCCACCCCAUACCACCUGCAAACCAAUGACCUGACUGAGGUGUCAAAUAGAAAAAUCAAGUGUAUUUUAGAGUACAUUGUCAAGCCGUCUAAUAGAGACAGGAGCUUGAGGUUAGACGAUGCACUAUGGGCCUACCGCACUGCCUACAAGAUGCCGAUCAGAAUGUCUCCGUACCGGAUUAUCUAUAGAAAGUCAUGUCACAUAUCGGUAGAACUGGAGCAUAAGUCUUAUUGGGCAGUAAAGAGCUACAACACUGAUCUUGAGGAAGUCGGUCUGAAUAGACUUCUUCAAAUUCAAGAACUUAGAGAAAUACGAUUGGCCGCCUACCACAGCUUUGACAUUUAUAAACAGAAGACUAAGCUUAUUCACGAUCCCGACAUCCUAAGGAAGAGGUUCAAGGAGGGUGACAAGGUGUUGAGGUACUUAGCUCGAUUCAAAUUCAAAAGGGGUAAAUUCAAGAUGAGUUGGGAUGGACCCUACAUUGUGACGAAAGUGUAUGAUUUUGGGAUAAUAGAGUUGAAGGAGGAGGCCAUGCAAUAG